UGGUCCCUGAUACCCCCCCCCCGGGGGCAUGCUGGGAUGUCUUCUAGAGACAUCAAAGCAUUCCAGAGGACCUGGGGACUGUCAUCCUGCUGGUGUGGGGACAGUGGCCACUGAGAGAGGCUCAGCCAAGGCCUGGGGUCUGGUUCCAGGCAGGCGAGGCCCUGCACCCUGGGCGCCAGGGGCAGCCAGGACAUGGCGUUUGAGGAGCUGUUGGAGCGUGCUGGUGGCAUGGGCCUCUUCCAGGUGCUCCAGUUGGCCACACUGUUCCUCCCAUCCCUCUUCACCCCUCCAAACCUGCUGCUGGAGAACUUCUCGGCCGUCAGCCCCAGCCACCGCUGCUGGACCUCCGUGCUAGACAAUGGCUCCCAGAUCCCCGCCAAUCUCACCCCGGAGGCCCUCCUGGCCGUGUCCAUCCCCCUCGGUCCUGACCAGCAGCCCCAUCGCUGCCGCCGCUUCCGACACCCCCAGUGGCAGCUCCUGGACCCCAACAACACGGCCACCAACAGGAGCGAGGCUGCCACAGAGCCAUGCGUGGACGGCUGGGUCUACGAUUACAGCACCUUCACCUCCACCAUCGUGACCACAUGGGACCUGGUGUGCAGUGACCAAGGCCUGAAGCCCCUGGGCCAGUCCGUCUACAUGAUGGGGUUACUGAUGGGGACCUUCGUCUGGGGCAUCCUGUCUUCCCGGUUAGGACGUAAGCCAAUGCUGACCUGGUGCUGGCUACAAACUGGUGUGGCUGGCACCAGCACUGUCUUUGCCCCGAAUUUCCCCAUCUACUGUGGCCUGCGGUUCCUGAGUGCCUUCGGGCUGAGCGGCAGCAUCCUGAUCACAACCACGCUGAUAGCCGAGUGGACCACAACCCGCUGGAGAGCUGUUGCCAUGACGAUUCAGUGCUGCACCUACAGCAUGGGCCAGAUGGGCCUGGCCGGCCUGGCGUUCGCCCUGCGGGACUGGAGAGCCCUCCAGCUGGCUGUGUCCGUGCCCUUCCUGCUCACCUUCCUGAUCUCAUGGUGGCUGCCAGAGUCCGCCCGAUGGCUGCUCAUCAAAGGCAAACCAGACCAAGCCCUUGGGGAACUUCAAAAAGUGGCCAGGAUCAACGGCUGCAAGGAAGCCCCGAAGACCCUGACCACAGAGGUGCUCAAGUCCACCAUGGAGGAGGAAAUGACCUGUGGGGAGGCUCAGCGGACGCUGCUGGACCUGUUCCAGGUGCCCAUACUGGUCAGGAGGAUAUGGGUCAUGUCCAUGGUGAGCGUCUGCAUACAGCUGUCCUACUACGGGCUGGUCCUGGACCUGCAGAGCCUGGGCCGGGACCUCUUCCUCCUGCAGGCCCUCUUCGGAGCCGUGGAUAUCGUGGGCCGGGUCACCUCCAUCCCCAUGCUCAGCCUCCUGGGCCGCCGCAUGACUUUGGCCAGCUUCCAGGCCCUGGCCGGCGCGUGCAUCCUGGCCAAUGUGCUUGUGCCCCAAGAUCUGCAGGCCCUGCGCGUGGCGCUGGCUGUGCUGGGGAGAGGCUGCUUUGCGAUCACCCUGACCAGCAUCACUGUCUACGGGACAGAGCUCUUCCCGACCUCGCUGCGCAUGGCAGCAAACGGCUUCCAGCAGUCUCUAGGCCGCGUGGGAGCGAUAGCUGGGCCUUUGCUCAGGAUGGCCCACCAGACCCUGCCUCUGCUGCCACCGCUCUCCUACGGUACUGUCCCCAUUGUCUCCGGCCUGGUCAUGCGGCUCUGCCUCCCUGACACCCAGGGACAGCCACUCCCCGACACUGUACAGAACCUGGAGAGCCAGAGACAUAGUGCUGCCAGGGACAACAGAAAAGCGGUCAUCAUUACACAGAGCACCUGGCUCUAGAUAUUCCGCCACACGGAGCCCAACUGCCACCUCCCCCCCCCAACACCCCAGGAAGGAGCUGCCUGGACUCUGGGGUUUGGCGUGGCCCAGGCACGUGGCCACCAGGCUGGCGUGAGAUCUGCUGUGACUGGAGGCUGCGUGUCCUCCCUCGCCUCCCCUCGUCCCUGCCCCAGCCCUGUAGGAGCCUGGCUCAUGUCUCCCCACCUUCCCCCAAUCACACCCCGCCAUGUACAGAGUCUUCCGCUAGAAAACAAGAAUGGUUUCGGUGUCCACCUCCCAGGGCCCGAGUUCGAGGCCCGCCAGGCCAGGCCUGCUGUGGGCCCUAGCUGAGGCUCGCAGCUGUGGGCUUCACCGUCGCCUGCCCACCCAUCACCCACAGGAGAUCCUGCCCUGGGCUCUGAGGACCCAGACACUGGACACACGGCCUGCAGGCGGCGUGCUGGCUGCAGGCGGCGUGCUGGCUGCAGGCAUCUGUGCGCAGGGCUGGGAGGUGGGGAAGGGGUGGCUCCAUAGUGGGGGAGGGGUCGGGUGACACCGGGCUCCUGGGAAGACUUGAGGGGAGGAGACAAGAGGAACGGCUCCUGGCCCCUCGGUGUGUAGGCCUUCUGCCACGCGCCAUGCACCCCCACAGUCCCUCCUACCCCUCCCUUGGGCUCCCCAUCACUGUCUGCUGUCCAGACCCCACACAGCCCCGGGGUCCCCACAGUCCCCUGGGAGCCCAGAACCCUCCAGGGGCUCCAGAUGCAGCUCACACACACCCGGACCCUAGCAGGUGCCCCCCGCCCCCCAGCCUCUCCCCACGUAAUAAAUGUCAGUGAUUCAGAUCGUAUGAGAA